AACCUGACACCCACAGGUCACCACCACCACCUUCGCAACACUUUCACUUUUUCCGUGUUCGUAUCACUAUAUAAAUAUCCUCCACUUUCCCCUGUUUCAGAAUCAGGUCCCUGUGGUCCUCUCUUCCCUCCCCCCGACCCAUUUCUCCUCCGCCGCCCAAUCAUGUCCUCCGCCGCCGCAUUCCACCGUAUCUCCGCGGCGCUUUUCCUCCUUCUCCAAAUCUCCACUGCCGUCGUCGCCAUCGGCGUCAACUACGGUACGCUGGCCAACAACCUCCGCCCGCCGGCGGAGGUGGUGAACUUCCUCAAAACAAAAACCAAAAUCGACCGCGUGAAGAUCUUCGAUACAAAUCCGGAUAUCCUAAGGGCCUUCGCCGGCAGUGGAAUCCUGGUGACGGUGACGGUCGGAAACGGCGAGAUCCCCGCUCUGGGAGAUCUGGCCGUCGCUCGGCAGUGGGUAGCCGCUCAUAUCGCGCCGUUUCACCCUCGCACGCGGAUUCAUUACAUUGCCGUGGGGAAUGAAAUCAUUCACUCUAACGAUAAGCCUCUGAUCGCUCGUCUUGUUCCCGCCAUGAGAUCGCUCCACCGAGCUCUGGUUCUCGCCGGAAUUAGGGACGUUAAGGUCACAUCUCCACAUUCUUUAGGCAUCCUCUCAAUCUCUGAGCCACCAAGCAUGGGACGAUUCAGGAGAGGGUACGAUCGAACCAUAUUUGGUCCAAUGCUUCAAUUCUUACGAGAAACCAAGGCCCCAUUCAUGGUGAACCCAUAUCCUUACUUUGGCUACUCACCAAAAAUGGCUAAUUACGCUUUAUUCCGACCCAAUCGUGGCAUUUACGACAAGUACACAAAAAUCACCUACACCAACAUGUUCGACGGCAUGAUGGAUGCCCUCUACUCCGCCAUGAAGAAACUCGGCUACGCCGACGUCGAUCUCGUCAUUGGUGAAACUGGAUGGCCCACCAAUUGUGACUAUAUUGCUUGUAGCCCUGACAAUGCUGCUACUUAUAAUAGGAACUUGAUCUGGCAUGUCAAUUCUGGGAAAGGAACACCAUUGAUGCCGAAUCGAAAAUUUGAGACGUAUUUGUUUGGUUUGUUUAAUGAGAAUCUUAAACCCGGUCCAACAGCUGAGCGGAAUUGGGGUUUGUUUCAGCCUGAUUUUACUCCGGUGUAUGAUCUUCCUAACAUUAUGCUCGGCAGACGACGUGGCGGUAGGGGAGGUGGCCGGAGGACGCCGUCGCCGACACCGGUGGCUCCGUCGGGGCAGAAAUGGUGCGUUCCGAGAUCCGACGCGCCCAUUGAAGCCUUACAGAAGAACAUUGACUACGUUUGCAGCUCAAACAUCGACUGCCGUCCGAUCCAAGCCGGCGGCGCGUGUUUUCUACCCAACGAUGUCCGAUCCCACGCCGCUUACGUCAUGAAUUCCUAUUAUCAGACCGCCGGCCGCCACGAUUUCAACUGCGAUUUCGGUCACACCGGCGUUCUAACCACAGUCAAUCCAAGUCAUGGCGGAUGUGCCUACGUUUCUUAAGAGAUCGAGCGGCGGAGGCGAUCAAGUAUUUGGUUGCGUACGGGCGGGUGCAGGAGAGGAAACCGUGAGACCACAUAAAGCUUGCUGAUCAAUAGAGAGCUGCAAAUACUUUUUUUACUUUUACUUUUUUCUUUUUUCUUUCAUAUAAUGAUUUAUUUUACUUUGUUGUAAUUAAAUUGGAUUCUUCUAGAAAAAUCUCGCUCUCAUUUUUCAAAAGUGGGAUUUGGAGAUUGCAAAGAGAUUCCUUUAAUUAUUCAAACAACGUCGAGUUCAUAAUU